ACGGCAACAGAAGCAGACAAGAAAAUACGAUCUUUAUUUAUUAAAAUUUUAAAAUCAGUUUCUCGUACAGAAGGAUAUGCAACGUCAAUAUCUUUGAUUAAAAAUCUUGAAGAUAAUGGAAAAUGUAUCGGAGAAAGAUAUUAUUACCAAGAAAACGCCAGCAAAAACAGACUACAAAAUACAAUAUUUCUUUUCAAAAAUUUUUAAAUUAGCUUCUUGCAUAAAAAAAAAUGCACCAACAUCUUCAGUUAAACAAACAUCGAAGUUAAUUGAAAAAGUAACCAAAGAUGAUUGCGCACUCAAGGAAAUACCAACAGAAAUAGAAAUGGAUAAAGAAGAAAAUAAGAAAAGUAUUGAAAUCGAAACAAACAAUAUCAAGAAACUUAUUAGAGAGCAUGCUAAUUUGAGUCCUGUACUUCGGAAAGCAGUACAUGAUGUUGUAAUUAAAAACAAAUCUGUGAUAAACGUAGCAACAGAUCAUAAACUUGAUAUAGAAUUAUUACAAUUAAAAAUAGAUAUUUUAAAAAACAAAGAAAAGUAUCUUCGAAGAAAAAUAAAAUAUGAGGCAGCAGUAAAAUUUGUAUAUAAAAAAAAAAAUAAAGAGAUCGCUAUGAAACGCUAUGGAGUUAGCAAAAAAAUUUUAGACAUAGAAAUAGCCCGUCGUAAACAUUUCGGAAAAGAAUACCAAUUUGACAGAAGAGUAAAAACUAGGAAUCAAAUAGUUUUCACAUUCCAGGAAGAGCAAUUGCUUUUGCAGGUUUUAAAGAUGUGGGCAAACGAUAAAUUUCGAAAUAAAUCUUACGCUUGCGUAAUUUGUGCAUUGGAACGACUGUCAAGAUAUGCUUACAAACUCGCCAAAGAAUACAAAAUACAAUAUCCAGAAAAUUGGGAUGAAUAUAAAAGAGCGGAUAUAUCCUGGCUGAAAGAAUUUGAAAUGAGGCACAGUAAUGAAAUUGUUAUUCUUUUGCAUCGUUCUAUUCAUAAAAAAGAUUCAAGAAAAAAUAUAACUGACAAACAACAACUUCUGUCGCUAUUUGAUGAAGACAUUAAGUUCUAAAAUAAUUAUAAUAUUUUAUAGCUAACGCAUUUUCAAAUUGCAUUGUGAUGAAGUGUUAAAGUAAUAAUUUCAGAAAAUAACAUUUUUUAUUUUUUAAAGAUUUACUUUUAUAAUUUUAAAACAAUAUAUGAAUAAGAAGAUGAUUUAAAAAAAAUGGAUUUUUUAUGGAGUUUUGCAGAAUAUUCUUAUUUGCACUACUAAUUUACAUGCACUAUAAUUGUUGACAACAAAUGAGGUGGAAUGCAACAUUUUCCAUUACAUUUUAAACAUAAUUAUUUUUAAAAAUAUUGCGUGCAUUUUCUUAUGUAUUAAUGUUUAUAAAUAUUUACAAACUUUUUUAUUAUACUUAAAGAUAAAUAUUAUUAGAUAUUAUAAAAAAGAAAAAAUAUAGUCUAUAAAAAAUUAUGUAAUAAAAACAGACUAAUGAGGGAAAGAGAGAAAGAGAAGCAAAAAGAAAAAACAAAUUAUUUUAAUUGGCGAAAGAAUUCUUGGCUUAUAUUAACAUUUUCUAUAUGCGCUUCUUAUAUGUUUCUAUUAUCAGAAAACUUCCUGUUUUCUUUCUUUCUUUUUUCUUAUUUUACUUCAUAUAUUUUAUAAUAUUUAAAUAAUCAGUUUUAUAUGUUUUAUAUAUUGGACAGUAUAUGUGAAUAGAUCGUUUGUAUUUUUGCAAACAGAGAUCUAAUAAAUCGCGAUCCAUCAAUUAUAAUUUUGAUGUUUUUGAAUGCAUAAACCGAUUAAAUUAUGUUAACGAUCGCUUUCUAUGGCCUGAGAAAAAGAAAGCAUUAACACGAUUAUUAAAAAUUAAAUUAUGACUACGAAUUUAAUUUCAUAAAUUUAAUUGUCAAUUAAAGUAAUCAUAGUAGUUUUUAUACCUAGAAAUAAAGUCAACAAUUUAAUAUUUCUAUACACACACACACACACACACACACGCGCGCGCGCGCGCGCACACACACACACACACACACGCACGCACGCACGCACACACACACUCAUUUAUGUAAGCUGCACACAUGAUUUUUCAAAAAAUAUAAGAUAUUCCAAAUUGCAUACACAUAAUUAAUGGCAAAUUUUGGUCUCAUUUCAUUCAUAGAUAAAACUUUUAAUAUCAAAAUAUUAAAACUGUUAAUAUCAAAAUGAUGUUAUUAGAUAUAAUUUUUGAAUAUCUUAACAUAAUAUAUCGCAUAACAAAUAAAAAACUAUUGCUGUUUUUAAAUAAUAAUCUCUAUUUUUGAUAUUGAUUAAUGUUUGUAUAUAUGUUCUUAUAUAUGUUAAAAUUGCUUGUUUUAAUGCGCGGUUAACGAAUCAUAGAGAUCAUUGUAAUAUUACAAAAAGUAUUGACAAUUAUAACAUUUACAAUU